UGGUGGGGUUCCUAGGGCGCCCCAUAAUGCGGCCCAGCGCGCCUACCAGAUUUUUGUGAGGAGCCGACGCUCUGUUGGCCGAUGCUACCCUUUCAGUCCCGAGGAUCCUGGAGGGAUUUCUCUGCUGGCGUUUGCUCCGGAAGGCCGCACACGCCCUGGCGCGAGGGGGCAGGUGUCGGGUCCUGGGGCUAGGGAAAACCCGCCAACUUUCCCGUUGUGGGGAGCGCGGGACUGGGGCGCCCUGUAGUCUCCAUAGCAACCAGGGAGGGUGAUUCUGGGAGAGCAUGCCCCCUCCCGGCGGCACCGGGGCCAAGCGAAGAUGUAGCGGGUGAGGAGACGCGGCGCCGGCAGGGACCCUCCCCCCGGGAGUCAGGGGACUCACCCCGUCCCUUGCGGGUCAGGAGCGGGGGAGGGGGAGAGGGCGCCUCCACUCACCCUGGGGCCGGUGGAGUUUGGGGGUUUCCCCGCCCGCCUCAAGAUGUGCCUGGGGAGCCUGUAAUUCCUUCCCGGGGACACGCUCCGUCGGGGUCACUCUCCUCGGGGGGAGGGGGCAUGGCUGGAAUAAAGGGCUUAGUCUGCUUUAGUCUCGCUCGCUGGGUGCGCCAGGGGCCCUGUGGCGCGGGGCAGCGGCCGCUUUCCCGCGUCGGGGCCGAACCCCGCUGCAGGCUCGGGUUGUUAGGGCUCGCAGAAGGUGCUGUCGCUGGACGGGCUUCCCCGCCACUGAACCCCCAACAACAGCCCAGCUCUCGAGAGCGGGUCGGGCAGGCUCCAGCCCAUUCGUCCCUUGGCCUCCCUGCUGGAAAUGCCGCACGGGCACCAGGCGGUGUAGACCGUGUCUGCUGUGAGGUGUUACUGCCGACUGCAGCUUUCUGUCUAGGGUGAUCUUAUUCCCCGUCCCCAUUAUUAUUUGUGAGUGAGGAAAAAAUGCCAGGUGUAUUACCAAGUGACGCUACUGGGCUUUUGAGAGGUAGCCCGUCAAAGAAAAACAGGCUUUCCCUGAAGCUUUUCCAAAAAAAGGAAACUAAAAGAGCACUGGAUUUUACAGAUUCACAAGAAAAUGAACAAAAGAGUUCAGAAUACAGAGGCUCAGAAAUUGAUCAGGUUGUUCCUGCAGCACAGCCUCCUUCACCCAUUAGUUGUGAGAAAAAAGACAACAUGCUGCCUUUUGUGGGCUUGAACAAUCUUGGCAAUACUUGUUACCUUAACAGCAUACUUCAGGUGUUAUAUUUUUGCCCUGGCUUUAAAACUGGAGUGAAACACUUAUUUAACAUUAUUUCAAAGAAGAGAGAAAUGUUAAAGGAUGAAGGAGAACAAAAGUCAGACAAGGGAAGUUGUAAAGAAGAUCCUUUGGCAAGUUAUGAACUAAUCUUCAGUUUGCAUUCCUUGAUUCUUUCAGUGGAACAGCUUCAGGCCAGCUUUCUAUUAAAUCCAGAAAAAUAUACAGAUGAACUUGCUACUCAGCCAAGAAGGCUACUAAACACACUUAGAGAACUUAACCCUAUGUAUGAAGGAUAUCUGCAACAUGAUGCCCAGGAAGUAUUGCAGUGUAUUCUUGGUAACAUCCAGGAAACGUGUCAGAUAUUGAAGAAGGAAGAAUUGAAAAAUAUGCCAGUGGAAGAGCCUGUAGCUCACUUGGAGAAGUCUAAUCAAAAUACUGAAAGCAAUGGCAUUAACAGCGCUGUUGAGGAAAAUGACUAUGCAACAAGCAGUCACACUGCAGAGGGUUCUGAAGACAAACUAUCCAAAGGAAUUGGGAAAAGGAAAAGUGACACUGAGAGUGGGAAUGCAAAGAAAAAAUCUAAAGUAUCCAAGGAGCAUAAUGCAGUAGAGGAAAAUCAGAGACAGACCAGGUCAAAGAGGAAAGCAACAGCGGAGAAACUAGAAAAUCAUACGGAAGCCAUUGAUAAGUAUUCUAUUGAAAAUGAGAUUGCAAAGCCAACACAGAAGAAAUCACGACUUAAAUUAAACUGGUUUAAGUCUUCAGGCAAACAACCCAGCAUUCUGUCUAAAUUCUGUAGUGUCGGAAAGCUAGCGAACAACUUGGGAUCCAAAGAGCAGAUGAAAGAAACUGAUGCCUGUGAGAUUGAAAAGGCAUCUGUAAAGUGUGAAAGUGGUAAUAUAAAAGAAUACUGUGAACUUGCAUCCCCUGUGGAAAGUGCUGGUGAAAAAAGAACUGAAAAACCACUACAAGAAGGUUCAGAGUUAGCUGUUUUUGAAUUAGUGGAGAAACUGUUCCAGGGUCAGUUGGUAUUGAGAACACGAUGUUUGGAGUGUGAAUGUUUUACUGAAAGAAGAGAAGACUUUCAGGACAUCAGUGUCCCAGUACAAGAAGAUGAACUUUCUAAAGCAGAAGAGAGUUCUGAAAUUUCUCCAGAGCCAAAAACAGAAGUGAAGACCCUAAAAUGGGCAAUUUCACAGUUUGCAUCAGUAGAGAGGAUUGUGGGAGAGGAUAAAUAUUUCUGUGAAAACUGCCGUCAUUACACAGAAGCAGAACGCAGUCUUUUAUUUGAUAAAAUGCCUGAAGUUAUAACCGUUCACUUGAAGUGCUUUGCUGCUAAUGGCUUAGAGUUUGAUUGUUAUGGUGGACUGUCAAAGAUAAAUACUCCCUUAUUGACACCUCUUAAAUUGUCACUAGAAGAAUGGAGCACAAAGUCUACUAAUGAUACCUAUGGAUUAUUUGCAGUAGUAAUGCACAGUGGCAUUACAAUUAGCAGUGGACACUACACUGCCUCUGUCAAAAUUACAGAUCUUAAUAGUUUAGAAUUAGACAAGGGCAAUUUCAUCACUGACCAGAUGUAUGAAGUGAUUAAGCCAGAACCACUGAAUGAGGAGGAAGCAAGAGCUGUUGCUGAAGAUUAUGAUGAUGGUGAAGUCUCUUUUAGAGUCAAUGGAAAUGCACAGUCAAGUAAAACUUUGAGCAAAAAGAAUAUGGAAGCUGUUGGACUUCUCGGAGGACAAAAAAGUAAGUCUGACUGUGACUUGUACAACAACAAAGCAACUAACCCUGAUAAGGUUGUUAAUACACUAACUGAAAAUAAAAAUUUUGAGUCUACCAGUACUAAUGGGAUCUUGGAGUUUGAUAAAAGUACUGAAAAUGGUGAUCAAAAUGGUAUAGCUUUCAGUGGACUAGAAAACAAAGCUUUGUAUGUGUUACAAAGCUUGAAGGAAUAUGAGGGAAAGUGGUUGCUUUUUGAUGAUUCUGAAGUGAAGGUUACAGAGGAAAAGGACUUUCUGAACACUCUCUCCCCUACAUCGUCAUCUACAUCAACUCCUUACCUUUUGUUUUAUAAGAAAAUUGUAGAGUGAUACUGUAUUUUGUAAAUAUUACAGAUUUGCAUACACCUGUUGAUGUGCUUUUUGCAUCAAGAUUACCUUGAUGUAACAGCUGUUUGUCUUUUGAAGCUACUGGAUGAUAUUAUAGAUCUUACAAUUCUGUGUAAACAGCACAAUUUGAAUUAACAAACCAUGUCAUAGAACUUUAACUCCUACUAUAACUUCUGUGCUGCGGACUAGUGAUGUCACCUUCUAGGAAUACAAAUCUGUAUAGAUUCUUAAGAUGUCCAAAAAUACAGUCGUGGCUUUUAAAUAACUAGUUCUGUCACACCUGACUUGUGUAUUAUUAGCUUUUUUAAAAAAAAAUAAAGUUAUUUGUAUUCACAUUCUGGAGUAAAUUUAUAUAAACUAGUAAAACUCAUCAGAGGUUGUGUAUUUUUGUAACACUGGAAGCAAUAUUUCAUAUCUAGUCUUUGGGGCAUCAGUACAGGGCACAAAGUAACAGCUAUAGCUUAUUGAUGACCUUCUCCCCCCCCCCAAAUAUCUUUGCUGUGGUGUUCAAAGUACAAAAACUAACGAGGUCUUGUUAACUCAUUUAGUGGAUUGGAAGGAGUGGUACCGCAUCUUAAACUUUAACUUAAUAGUGAAUGUGAUGCAUACUAAGAUUCUUUAUAUUGCAAGCAUUAACUGAUUCCUGUUCAUAAAGAUUUGAAUGAGCUAACCUGCAUCUGUUUUACAUAGGUGUUAAGUGGACAAAGUGUAAAUAUGUGUGAUAUUGUAGGUAUACCAGAUGUAUUUGUGGGAGAAAGAAAGCAAUUCAAAUUGCUGAUCUGUAUGCAGUGUAAUAAAGUAUUUUGUAUUUUAAAAGCCUUCUAAUUUGCAUAUGUGUUUGGGUGGAUUAAGAAUUGAUCUUAUUACCUUAACAGGCUAAUUUGUACUGAGAGCUCACUGAAAUAUGGGAAAACUAAAGCAUUGGCUUGAUAGUGUGUGUACACAGAUGUAUGAAAUAAAAACAUAAAAUGAUAUG